AGAGAGAGCUAAACCCCUUCUCUAUAAGACAAACAAACCUCUGGAAAACCCACCAAACCAACCUUUCUUAUUAUCCAAUUCUCCACUCUCCCACCAGUACAAAACUCAUCGCAGCAAGAUUUUGUAGCUUAUGAUAAUCAAAGCCUGACUGCAUGGAUUUGCUAUCGAAGUUUACGUUUCUACUUGCGGUGUUGGCUGUUCUUGGGCACCAUGUUGGUGUUUAUGGAAGGUUUGUGGUGGAGACUGGUAGUAUUAAAGUUCUGUAUCCAAUGGCUCUGAGGGGUCAUCAUGAUGGUGCAAUUGGCAACUUUGGUCUGCCGGAUUAUGGAGGCUCCUUGGUAGGUACUGUGGUUUAUCCUGAGAAAGGGUCUACUGGGUGUGAAGCUUUUGAGGGUGAUAAGCCUUUCAGGUCUCAGAUGUCUCGCCCCACUAUUCUUCUUCUUGAUCGUGGAGGUUGCUACUUUGCUUUGAAGGUGUGGAAUGCUCAAGAGGCAGGAGCUACAGCCGUUUUAGUGGCUGACAGUGUUGAAGAGCCUCUAAUUACAAUGGACUCGCCAGAGGAGAGUAAAGAUGCAGAUGGUUACAUAGAGAAGAUUGGAAUCCCAUCAGCUUUAAUAGAGAAAUCAUUUGGUGACAGCUUGAAGGAUGCUGUGAAAAACAAGGAAGAUGUUGUGGUGAAACUUGACUGGAGAGAGUCAGUUCCCCACCCUGAUCAAAGAGUUGAGUAUGAGUUCUGGACAAACAGCAAUGACGAAUGUGGGGCUCGCUGUGAUGAGCAAAUGAGUUUUGUCAAAAACUUCAAAGGUCAUGCUCAGAUUCUUGAGAAAGGGGGUUACACUCUUUUCACUCCACAUUACAUAACCUGGUAUUGCCCUCAGGCUUUUGUCCUUACCGCUCAAUGCAAGUCUCAAUGUAUAAACCAGGGGAGGUACUGUGCACCAGAUCCGGAGAAAGAUUUCGGAGAAGGGUACCAAGGCAAGGAUGUGGUAUUUGAGAACUUGAGGCAGCUUUGUGUGCAUAGAGUUGCCAAGGAGAGCAACCGGUCAUGGGUCUGGUGGGAUUUUGUGACAGACUUCCAUAUCAGAUGUUCCAUGAAAGAAAAGCGUUACAGCAAAGAAUGUGCUGAGGAUGUCAUGAAAUCACUUGAUUUGCCUACUGACAAGGUUAAAAAAUGUAUGGGCAAUCCUGAAGAUGAUGUGGAGAAUGAAGUGCUGAAAGCUGAACAAGAAAUCCAGGUUGGUCGAGGUUCUCGUGGUGAUGUUACCAUCCUGCCAACAUUAGUAAUUAAUAAUGUUCAAUAUCGAGGAAAAUUGGAACGAACUGGUGUUUUAAAGGCAAUAUGUGCUGGAUUCAAGGAGACAACUGAACCUCAUAUCUGUUUGAACGGGGAUCUUGAAACAAAUGAGUGUCUAGAGAGAAAUGGUGGCUGUUGGCUGGACAACCGAGGUAACUUAACUGCUUGCAAGGACACAUUUCGGGGUAGAGUUUGUGAGUGCCCUGUAGUGGAUGGUGUUCAAUACAAAGGCGAUGGAUAUACAUCUUGCGCUGCUUUUGGACCGGCAAGGUGCUCCAUAGACAAUGGAGGUUGCUGGUCAGAAUCUAGAAAUGGAGUAACUAUAUCUGCUUGCUCAAAUUCAGAGUUAUCUGGCUGCAAGUGUCCACAAGGAUUCAAAGGGGAUGGUCAUCACUGUGAAGAUAUUGAUGAAUGCAAGGAGCGUAGCGCUUGUCAGUGUGAUGGCUGCAGCUGUAAGAACACUUGGGGUGGAUACAACUGCAAAUGUAAGGGAGGCCAUCUUUAUAUAAAGGAGCAAGAUACUUGUAUUGAGAGACAAGGAUCAAGAUUUGCGUGGUUCAUAACUUUCAUGGUUCUUGCAGCUGUGGCUGGGGUCGGCUUGGCGGGUUACAUAUUCUACAAAUACAGGCUUCGAUCUUACAUGGACUCUGAGAUCAUGGCUAUCAUGUCACAAUACAUGCCUCUAGACAGUCAACAGGCCAAUCGAGUCCAUACUGCCGAGGUAGAACCUCUACGACAAGGCUCAGUAUAAGACUAUGAG